AUGCUCAUAUUUGGAGCUGACUGAGCAGCUGCUGCCCAAGGAAUUUCCCGUCAUGCCUCUUGGAGAGGCUGCUUGGCCUGUCACUGCGCUGGACCGUGGGGGUGGACGGCGCCUUUGGCCGGAGGCGGCUGCGGAAACAGUAGCUACCUUUUCUCCUGCCAAGGCUCUGCUUUUGCUUGGCGGCGGCGGCGGCGGCGGCGGCGGCUCUUGCGCAGAUACCAGCUCUUGCCCCUGUUCUUUGCCUCUGGUUGUGUUGGUGACGAUAUUACAGUGAUGUCUGCAUUCAACCUACUGCAUUUGGUGACAAAGAACCAGCCAGUGGCCCUGCAAGCCUGUGGGCUUCCCUCAGGGUCACGUAGGGAAAAAAAGAACUAUAAAGUGGUCUUUUCCCAGGAAGAACUGAGAAAGCGGCUGACGCCUUUGCAGUACCAUGUUACUCAGGAGAAAGGGACUGAAAGUGCCUUUGAAGGAGAAUAUACAUAUCACAAAGCCCACGGAGUAUACAAAUGUGUCGUUUGUGGAACUCCUUUAUUCAAAUCUGAAACAAAAUUUGACUCCAAUUCAG